AUGCUUGUCUCAGCAUACGACGGGACCUUCAGCACAUCUGAUGGCUUGUACCACGCAAUCAUCAUCGAAAGACCUUCCGCGGAUUCGGACGAGAAUAUCCCGAGGCGUGUCUACACUUUCCAUGGCGUCAAGAAGUUGGUUGGGCUUUGCCUCGAUGAGCAUCAUCUUCUCAUGAAAGAGUGA